CGCAAGUAUUGGUUGGAAAAUAUCACAAUUUCUCAGCUGAAAACACAACUGAGAAAUAAUCAGCUGCAAAGAAAAAAUGGGUUCGGUAGCAAAGGCAGGAUUGCAGAAAUACUUGUUACAGCUUCAACAUCACCCUUUGAGAACCAAGGCAAUUACGGCAGCGGUUUUGUCAGGGAUCAGUGACACUGUUUCUCAGAAGCUUUCUGGAAUACCCAAACUUCAGCUGAGACGGAUUCUUCUCAAAAUGCUCUUUGGAUUUGCCUAUCUUGGUCCCUUUGGACAUUACAUAUAUAUGUUACUGGAUAAAAUUUUCAAGGGGAAGAGGGACUCCAAAACUGUUGCCAAGAAGGUGGUGCUGGAACAAUUGACAACUUCUCCUUGCAACAACUUGCUUUUCAUGAUUUAUUAUGGGGUGGUUGUUGAGGGAAGACCCUGGAUGCAUGUGAAAUCUAGAAUCAAGCAGGAGUAUCCCAAAGUACAGAUGACUGCAUGGACGUUCUGGCCAGUUGUGGGGUGGAUAAAUCACAAAUAUGUGCCUUUGCAGUUCCGUGUCAUUUUCAGUAGCCUCGUUGCAUUUUGCUGGGGAAUAUUUCUGAACUUACGAGCAAGAUCUAUGACAUUGCCCAAGGCUGCACUGCCCAAGAGUAAAUGAUUUGAAACCUUCCAUGUGCUUGGAUUGAUUAAAUAAUAUAAUGUCCACAUUCCAUAUCAUAUGCUCAUUUUAAUUUUUAUGUAGCUUGAAGCUUGUUCUGUGCAACCAUGAAUUAAGUCU